AUGGGUUUGAUUGUCCUCAUCCUCAACAUUUUAUUCCCAGGUUGGGGUACAGUUAUUGCUGCUAUCGUACGUCUCACUGCUGAAAAGGAAAAGAUGAUGCCAACUUUGAUUGUCGGUAUUCUCCAAUUCGUCUUGACCUCCUUCUUGAUUGGUUGGUUCUGGUCUAUUUGGUGGGGUUUCAAGAUCUAUCAGUAA